AUGUCAGUUAGCCGCCAGCUUGACGUCAGAGGUGAAGGUCGUCCGUACCGGUCACAUCUUCAUCCGCCACGCUUCUCGUGCAGGAGGCGCAAGUCCCGAUGCAAGACGAGGGACUCUUCGGCCAUUUGUAUUAUGUGCCAAGCUCAUGGCACAGAAUGCUUAUUUCCACGCCCUGAUGAUCCCAUUCAGCGACAAGUCCCUGCUGCACCGCCGAAGCCAAGAGCUCACGUCAAGCGCCGAUCUACCCAUACUAGGCACAGGCUGCAACACGCCCAAUCUUACACGGGGCUGCAGCAUGUAGCUCACCCUGUUCCCGUGAAUGUGACAGACACGGCUACUAGCGGAAAUGCUUGUACAGACCCGAAGGACGAUUCUCAAAUGCCAAUCGCGACGAAUAGUGAGCAAAGAGCCAGAACCCUGUCCAGUCUCAUGGGCAUUGAUGAGGAGGCUGGGGACAACAGCUCUCACAUUGUCAGUCCUGCAGUCGCCGAAGACAAUGAAGUCCUCGAAAAGUAUCUCUCUGCUGUUCCGACUGCCCAGAGAGGAUCUUUGAUACGCACCGGUUCGGCUUCGAAUUUCUCGCUGAGGCCUGUGCGUUUCAACGUGGUGUCAAGGAGGCCUUUGGGCGUGUCUACGACACAGUCACUUGCGGUAUCCAAAUGUGAAAUCAUCGAGAAAUAUAUUCAUCCUGACUUGGACGAAUAUUUGAAUCUGUUCUUUGAGAAAGCCAAUACGUGCUUCCCAAUCUUUGAUGAGGCUUCUUUCAGGAGUGUUUACUCUUCUCACAAGGGAAAUCUAUCCUCAGCAUUGCUAUGUAAUUUAUACGCCAACUCCUUGGUUUACUGGGAAAGUUCACCCAAGCUCUCUGCCGGCCGCACCCCGGAUAUCCGAUUCAUUUGGAACCAAGCCAAUGAAGCUCUCCAUUCGGAACUUUUCAUGCCACCUGGUAUUUCCACGGUGAUGUCGAUUCUAAUAAAUGUCUGUGGCAGGCCUAGUACAUCUAUGUUCGGCAACGGCGGCAUGGUGGGCACAGCCGUUGCCUUAUCAAACGCACUCGGACUCAACCGAGAUCCCUCAAAUUGGAGCAUCACACCCUUGGAAAAGAGUUUUCGGAUACGCUUAUGGUCGCUUGUUCUGAUCCAUGACCGUUGGUGCAGUUUGGCAUAUGGGACUCCACUACAAGUUCAUCGAUCACAGUAUGAUGUGCCAUUCCCAACAGUGGAUGACAUCUGCACUCCUACAGCAUCGCCAUAUCAGAAAGCAACGACAUCAAUUUUCAUUGCUCUCACCACCUUAACAAACGUCCUUGCUCAAUAUUUGGAGCAUGUAUACAGCGUAUCAAAGAGCUGCCCUUCUGCAGAAAUGUCAGCACUUGACUUGGAAUGUCUCCUGAGUGAGUGGGAAGAGACUCUGACGGAGGAUGUCCGUCGAAUUGCUCUCCGGGGAACACUCCUCAAUGUCCCCGGUGCUGCUAAUUUCCGCCUCGCAUAUCUAUCGGUCAAGCUUCUUCUCCGACGUAUACAACUUGACUUGAGUCAAGCCUCCGCACAAGUCAUCCACGAUACUAUGCCACCAUGCUAUACGAACGCCCAGCGUGUUGCAGAGGAAAUCAUGCACUUAGUGCAAGAGCUCAAUGCGGAUCAACUGACUUCGUUCUGGCUUCCGAUGCACGCGUUCUCUAUAACGUCUGCCACGAUGUUCCUUCUACGAUGCAGUCUACACACGAGGAAUCAGUCCCACAACCUACCUCUCCAAAUUGCAAAAGACAUGAUUUACGCUCUGCAAGUGCACAAAGACAACUUUGGAUGGGAUAUUGCAGAUGACUGUCUUUCCAACUGCAGUGGUUUAGUCGAGAAAUUUGGAAAUGGAGGUCUCUCAGAGGGCAGUGACUUGUCUCUUGAAAGCCCUGAUCUCACGCAAAAUCUGGAUAUAGACCCAACUGCUUUGGAUCAGCUGUUUUUCGGUGCGCCGUGGUUUCCAGGUGCAUGUGACUUCUAG